GGUCAGCACAUUUGCCUGAAUAUCCGCGUACCGUCAAGUUAUAAUAUCUGGUUUUCAAUCAUUAUGUGGAGCUGCUGUUCAGUUAUUCAGCUUUACUCCCAACAGACAUUCUUGUGUGAACUUCCACAAUGACUUCGUUUCUAUCCACAAUGACCCCCAGAGGGUAUGUGCACCCUAACUACACCACUGUCAAUACGACGUCUACAUUAUCACCUAACAUACUGGAGAUGAUAACAAGCAAGACUCUCACAGUUGCCCUUCCUAUUAUAUAUAUUGUAGUCUUCAUCAUCAGCAUACCCUUGAACACCAUUUCCCUUUGGCUGUUUUGCUGCCACACGAAAUGCAACAAUCCAACAAUAAUAUAUGCAAUUAACCUAUCUCUGACCGACCUCCUGUACAGCGCAUUUCUUCCCUUUCAAAUUAUCUACCACUUGAACGGCAAUAACUGGCCCUUUGGAGACAUUGUGUGCAGGAUAUCCAUAGUCGCGUUCUAUGGAAACAUGUACUGUUCAGUUUUGACCACAUGCGCUAUCAGUUUGGAGCGCUACUGGGGGAUUGUACGACCGCUGCAAACGAAGCACUGGAGAACUUCGAAAGUUGCUGUUAUUACCUGCAUUUCCAUUUGGCUGGUCGUGCUCAUCGCCCAUGUGCUAGUGUUGUACAAAGAUUUCACAUUUAACAUCAAAGUUCUUAACAUCACCACAUGCUUUGACAUCUUUCCUAAAAAUCUAUUCCAGCCAAAAGUAACAGGAUAUCUGUAUUUUGCUGUACCGCUUAUUUUCUUCUUAAUUAUUCCCCUAAUUGUCAUUACUGUCUGUUACACUUCCAUCAUUAAAACUCUGAAAGAUUCCCCAAGCACAGAAACACAAGACAGCAAGAAACAAACAAUAUACCUGAUACUGGUUGUGGUGCUUUGUUUCAUUGUCUGUUACCUACCCAACAUCUUGCUUCAAACUCUUCACAUGAUUUAUCAGUCCAGAGGCAAAAGUUUGUAUGUUUAUUACAAGUUAUGCCUGGGCAUCAACAGCCUGCUCUGCUGCUUUGAUCCGUUUGUGUAUUACUUUGCUUCCAAGGAUUUUAGACGCAAACUUCAGAAAAAACUGCACUGCUGCAUGCCUGAAGCUCAUGAUGAACCAACUACUUCCAAUCGGUCAGAACUAGCCAGGAUACCCAUAACAGGUCCUGAACUUUUCAGAAGUGAUACUUGUUAGCAGAUUAUUUGUAACAGAUGCCAGGCAAUAAUACAAUAUAUGAACAAACUAAUUACCCUACAAUGGCAAUGGACAUACAAGGAUGGUAUCAAUUAUGAACUGUAUCAAGAACACAAUAACUAUACUAAUGAGUCAGUUUAUGAAUGGAAUGCAUAAGGUUCCCUGAAAAAAAAGUGUUGGACCACUUCUACUGGUUUUGCUUGGUGGGACUGUUGUUGCUCAGUAUUCCCCACUCAGAACACCUGCUUACUAAAUAUAUUGGUAUCAUUCAAAAGAUAAUUGUCCACUCAUCAAAUAUUUGCAAAUGUUUGAAAUUAGCACUGUAUAAAAUAAAUAUUGUUUCCCCAGUCCUGAGAAAGCUUAACAAUUCUUUAAAGUUAACUGUUCCUAUGCUAGAUGCUACCCAUUUCCUGUCUAACUUGAUCAUUUUCUCAUUAUCUGGGGAACCAUUACCUAUGGGGAAGAAGGGUUUCAAUUUACAGCUGUAAUACUCCCAGUGAUUGUAAUAUGAAAUAAACUAGGAAACAUAUGUUAUAUAAGAAUAGAAAUUCACUGUAUAUAUUAACAUGUAUGCCUGUUGUGUCCAUUAUCAUUGCAGAAACCAUUUCUCAGGCAAAAUACAGAACAAAUAUCCCAACCAGUCAUUCUGCAUUGGUAGGAAAUGGAUAACAUAUGGAGGCCUCAGCUUCUGUUGGAUGCUUUGUUUAUUAAAGUCUUUUGUCUAUUUUUGAAGAGGGGAAGAUUAUAUAUUCAGAGAUACCAAGGUAUUUAGCAAACAAGUGGCCUGAGUGGUAAAGCAGGAACAAGCACCAUAAACAACCAGGGGGGUGCCCAACACUUUUUUUUUCAGAACAAUUAAUGUCACAUUUCAAACCAGUCUGAAUGUAACCUGGAGAUUUGAGGCCCCAAAGAAAAUGCAAGCUUCUUAUUGUUCCAUGAAGCAUCUCACGCCUCAGCCUGGCCCCGUUGGGGUUCUUGUGCAUCUCACGCCUCAGCCUGGCCCCGUUGGGGUUCUUGUGCAUCUCACGCCUCAGCCUGACCCCGUUGGGGUUCUUGUGCUGUUGUAACUGUUUUUUUUUUUUUAUCUUAUAUUUAUUGCUGGUAUUAAGAGUGUAAUUUGUAUGUCAACUGCAGCACUAAAAUCAACGCAAUAUGUGUCAAUGCUAUUUUCCAUUGUCUGUUUUUUCCUAUACAGAAUGAGAACUGUUACUGUAGAACCCUAAUGUUCAUUAUACAUGUCCUACUAAGAACCUUAUAUUUUGUCUUUUUGGUUUGAA